CUGUCACAGAGAGCUCCUUCUAACAAGUGCGUCAUUUCCUGUGGUCUCUCAUCUGUACUCGCCGGUUUAAGGGAGUUGGGGGUCUCGCUGUUUUCCGGUGACGGCGCGUAUUUCCGGGCACAGACUCGCUAGCUUUAACCCUCAUUCUCCAGCUCGGGACUACAGUGACCAUGGCUGAGUUUGACAUGUUUGGUUCUGUAGGUAAUGGGGUAUCAGCUGAGGAGGACCCAGCCGCCGCUUUCCUGGCACAGCAGGAGAGUGAAAUUGCCGGCAUUGAGAACGACGAAGGUUUUAGCAUCCUAGACAGCGGGGAGGUACCAAUGUCACUACAAGCAGGGGAUGGGGCCACAGAUACUGUUAUGAAUGGGGACUUUUAUCAGGAGACAAAUGGACCAACAGAUGGUUAUGCAGCCAUUUCACAUGCUGACCGCUUACAAGCUGAGCCAGAAAGCAUUCGCAAGUGGAGGGAAGAGCAGAGAAGCCGUCUAGAAAUGUUAGAUGCAAACUCAAAAAAACAAGAGACUGAAUGGAAGGACAAAGCUGGCAAGGAACUGGAGGAGUGGUAUGCCAGGCAGGAUGAACUGCUACAGAAGACUAAAGCAAACAAUCGAGUGGCAGAUGAAGCUUUCUACAAACAACCCUUCGCUGACGUGAUUGGUUAUGUCACAAACAUAAACCAUCCUUGCUACAGCCUAGAACAGGCUGCCGAAGAGGCUUUCGUGAGCGAUGUUGAAGAGACCAGUCCAGGCACAGAAUGGGAACGCGUUGCUCGUCUAUGUGACUUUAACCCUAAGUCCAGUAAACAGGCGAAAGACGUUUCUCGUAUGCGCUCCGUUUUGAUCUCCCUUAAGCAGGCUCCAUUGGUCCACUGAAAAUAAAGCACAAAAGCAAAAAAUUCCGUGACCCCCUCAGCAUUUUAAUCUUUACUCAGAGAGCCUAUGUUUGCAGAUUUUGGUUAUAUUUUCCUUCUGUACGGGGACCAAACCUUCCUAACGUGUAUGGGAUUGAUCAUUGUUUGUAACUUGCUGUCUUCCCCUUCUCCUCCCAUGUACCUAGAAAUUAAAUCUGUAAGGGAACCCACCACCCUUGAGGUCUUUGUGCUUCUGUGUUAACAAAAUUAUUUCAUAUAGAUUUGUGAAAAAUCAGAAUAGUGAUAUUAAAGUUCUAUCAACUGUAA